GCCCUCUGGGGCGGGGCUAAGAGCGGCUUGCCCCGGAAGUCCGGAACUGAGCCGGAAAUUAAGCGCCGCUGGGCGCUACUCCUCCCUCCUUCGGCGCGCGACAGCGUCCUGGUUUUCCGCGCCCCAAUUUGGAUGUUCACUCCCAACUCUUACGAGGUACUGUGUCCCCACCCCAUUUCCCCAGCCCAAUUUCAGCUGCAAAUUACUGCAGAACCUGAACCGAGGAAAGGAACCUAUUUCCCGCUCCGGUCUGCCCCUCUCCGGACCCGGCGAGGCCCAGGUGAGGUUCUCGCCCGCUUUCCAGCCUCACCUUCCACACUCCCCUGCCCGUCCCCCGGGGUUCCUCCGCCGCCCGACCAUGGCCCAGAAGCCGAAGGUAGACCCCCAUGUCGGCCGGCUGGGAUACCUGCAGGCGCUGGUCACGGAAUUCCAGGCGACCGAGAGCCAAGACGCCAAGGAGCAAGUACUGGCCAACCUCGCCAACUUCGCCUAUGACCCCAGUAACUACCAGUAUCUGCGGCAGCUGCAGGUCCUGGACUUAUUCCUCGAUUCACUGUCGGAGGAGAAUGAGACCCUGGUGGAGUUUGCUAUUGGAGGCCUCUGCAACCUGUGCUCAGACAGGGCCAACAAGGAGCACAUCCUGCAGACUGGGGGUGUCCCACUCAUCAUCGACUGCCUGUCCAGUCCCAACGAGGAGACCGUGCUGUCCGCCGUGACCACGAUCAUGUACCUGAGCUCGCCGGGCUCCAGCUCGCACCCCGAGCUGACCGCCACGCCCGUGGUCCAGUGCAUGGUGCGCUUCUCCCUCUCGGCCAACGCGAGGCUCCGGAACCUGGCCCAGAUCUUCCUGGAAGACUUCUGCUCCCCCAGCCAGGUGGCCGAAGCCCGCAGCCGGCGGGCUCACUCUGCCCUGGGGAUCCCACUACCAAGGGCUGAGGCCCCGCAGCAGCCCUGAUCCAAGGCGCCCUCAGGCCGCGGCACCGGCACUGCCAGAGACAAGACCAGAAUCCCGGUGGGGACUCAGGAAGUGGGAGCAGCAAAGCUCCCACUGUGCACGUUCUCCCCAAGUGGUGCUUUGUCAACCCCUUUAAAGGCGAGUUUUCUCAGUGGGACAGGUGUUUACACUGUGAUGAAAGGCACCAGGAGAUGAGUGAGGAAGCCAGACUUUGAGACACGUGGAGAAGGAAAUUGAAGGGUGCCGUUUUGACAGGCUGACGCUCUCAACCAGCUAGAGGCGAAGGUCCUGCCUCCUGGCCCACCCCGCCACCGAGCUGUCACCCUCGUGUGAGAAGCAGCAGGUCCCUAGACCCAGAGGCUCUGCAGAUGGUGUUUCUCCUGAGGAACAGCUGGGCCUGGGGCUUAGGAGAGUUGCCUGAGCUUGAGGAAACAGGCAUCAUACCUUAACAGAAGUGUCGGGAGUAAUUCUGAGAAAUAGAAAUGAGAAGCCUUGUUGUUAAAAGUAUUUCGGGGCCCUGGGAAGCUGGGGAAGUGUUGUGUCCACUGCUGUGGAGGCCGGAUACCUGUCCUGCAAGCUCUCCAGGCUGGGUGUUGGGCAUGGUGAAUGCUGGCCUGGAGAACUCUGUGGCCCAGGAUUAACUGUUUAUCUACACAGGCCUAUCAGCCGGGGACCAUGUUAGGGCUUCAAAGACGAAGACGUGGUUCCUGAUCUUGAGUGUCACAGCCCAGUGACUGUUAACAUGGCCAUCAGGCAUUAAGACGGAGGCCAUGAGGGUGACACAUUAGAAUACAGGCACAAACUCUACGAGCUGUUGUCUUUUCCCUUCACCACCCCAUGGUACUUGCCUGGAAGCCCUGGCCUGCCUUCUCUGCCAUCAGGGUUAGUGAGGUGGUGGUGGUGGGGUCCCUGUCCCUGGAAAUCUGUCUCAGGCUGGCUUCAGGGAUGCAAGUAAGAGAGGUGCUCGAGGGAGAUGGGACCAGAUACUGACAGCAAGCGAAUGGCUCAGAGUCUAGUGUCAGCUGCUCAGCACGGGGGAAGGGGUGUGGGCCCCCUUAGAAAGGUGGGGUUCAGGAGCAGUGGAAGGUCCUGGCCUCCCUUAAGGAUGACCUCUUUUUUUUUUCUUUUUUAAAAUUUUAUUUAUUUUUGGCUGCGUUGGGUCUUUGUUGCUGCGCGCGGGCUUUCUCUGGUUGCAGCAAGCGGGGCUACUCUUCAUUGCGGUGCACAGGCUUCUCAUUGCAGUGGCUUCUCUUGUUGCAGAGCACGGGCUGUAGGGCGCGCAGGCUUCAGUAGUUGUGGCACGUGGGCUCAGUAGUUGUGGCUCGCGGGCUCUAGAGCACAGGCCCAGUAGUUGUGGCACAGUUGCUCCGUGGCAUGUGUGAUCUUCCUGGACCAGGGAUCGAACCCGUGUCCCCUGCACUGGCAGGCAGAUUCUUAACCACUGCGCCACCAGGAAAGCCCAAGGAUGACCUCUUACAUGGCCAAGGAAAGGCAGAUUCGAGAGGAAUGGUUUCCAGGUGGACGUGGAGGUGGGCAGACUAUGGAACUAAUGGACUAAGGAGACGAGAGGGAGGGAGGCAAAGGCCUCCUCAUUGGCCUCUGUCCCAGCUGCCCCUGUGGGGCUCCUGUCCCUUCGCUUCCCCCAAAUAAAAGGCCAUAAGAGAGCAGUGAGCCAAAGUGUUUUAUUAAAAAGGUUCCUGAUUUUCCCACCAUGUUUCCAGGCCAGCUCUGCCAGGAGGGUUCAGGUGGCUGGCACAGUGCUGAGGGGUCAUUGCCAUGAUGCUGCCCUGUCACUCAGUUCUGCCUGGGCUCCCUGCUGGUCUGCCUUCCCUUCCUUCAGCUACUGUCCACGGCCAUGGCCCCUCGCCUUAUUCCUGGGGCGGCCCCAGGCCGGUUCGGUCCCGCUGCAGGGCUCCCCGCUUGCUAUCUAUAAUCUCCUUCCAGUUGUCACUCCAGGAGAGCAGCCGUCUCCGUGGGGGGGGCAGGGCCAGGUGCUGGUUGUGGCAGCAGGUGAACAAGAUGUGCUCCCAGCUUGGGGUCUCCUCUUGGCCUGGGACAGGACACGGGAGGAAGGCAGUGAUACACUCUGUAAUCUGGUUAUUUUUACCCCCUCUCCCUAAUCCCAGCAGGCUAGAUGCCUGGAGGUUGCUAGGGAAAAGGGCUCCUACCUUGAAUGGUGUCCUUGUCAUCAAUGAGCAGGUCCCCCAAGACCACCGUCUUGUCCCUCGUCAAGAUAAUGCGCUCCACAAACUGGGGCCCCAGGUGCUUCUCCACCCAGCGGUACUGUGAGGUGGGCAUAGGUGGCUCAGUAGGGCCUGAUGGGCCCUUGAAGUCAGGGCCAGUGAGCAAGUAGGUGUGAGGGAGGGUCUACAGCAGCUCAUGAGAGAGAGGGCUCCCCUCUACCCCCCACCCCACCCCCGACUGUCUGUGUUUCUGCCGCUUUCUUUAGAAGACCAGGGCUUAGGAGCCUAAGUCUGCGGGUGAAGUGCUGGGGCAGCCGCACCUUCUCGUGCACACAGUGGUCGUACUUCAUCAGAGGGCUGGUGCAGAUGAAGACCUCGGUGCUGCGGGGGGGGGAGGGGGGCGGUUAGACAGGGUGAUGCCAGCGCCUGCUCCCCACCCCUUCCCUCCCCGCCCUUCCUCACUCCUGCAUGUCAUUCAUCUCCCGCAUUGCUUCCAAGGCUCCAGGGAUGGGCUCCAAGUCUAGGAAAAAGCCUGGGGCUUCAUACACACUGGCCACUUUGUCCUGAAAGAUACAGUGUUCCUGUCCUGGCUCUGAUCCCAGCAGACCUCUCCAGCCCCAGCGAGGACUCUCGAAGUUCCUGGGGGCGCUUCGGUCCCCAAAUCAGAGUCUCAGGUAGAGGACUUUGUUCAGGGGUAAGUACUCCCCCAGACUGUCUAGUCCUGAGGUGAACUGUGGAUUCUGAAGUGAGAGCUUUGUUAAUUUUAAACAGGAAGGUGUCACUGGACAUGGAGCAGAGACAGUCCUGACCCAAGGGGAGGUCUCCCCGCUCCCAGGUGUCCUGUGGGGUCGGGGCUCCCCGCUCCAGGGCGGCCCCGCGCCGCCGGGCCCCCCCACCUCCCUACCGCCAGGUCCGGGCGCAGGGCUCGGUACUGCUCGCAGGCGAGGAAGCCGCGGCGCUCCUGCAGCGGCACGUACGGCUCCCGGGGGAAGCUUCGGCGGAAGCCCCGCAGGAGGCCGGCCUCGAAAUCCGCCAGAACGCCGUCCAUGUCCACCAGCAGCCGCACUGGCCGCCCGCGCCGCGCAGCCAUCUGCAACGCCAUCGCAGCUAGGCAGGCGGCCCGGCGGAAAUGUGGCCCCGGCAGCCGCCGCGCGGAGCUGGGCAAGGGGACUGCAGCUUCCGGAGCCGUGGGGUGGGCGGGCCCGACCGCGGCUGAUUUGCAUGGGCAGCCCCGUUUCGGGGGGGUGGGGGGCGGCGUGGCGAUGGCUUGGGCUGCUUUCUGGUCUGAGGACGCACCUACGUGCACAUCAGCAGCCUUCCACGCUGUAGCAGACGUCCUCGCUCACCCCGAAUGUUACUCGGGGCAGAACUUCCAGGGGCCCGACAGGAGGGACUAUCCUAAAUACUGGGAAGCGUCGUCUAACAAGGAGUCAAGCCUCCUUAAACCUGAGACGCCAUACCUGCGCACCCUGCUGUGGGGACCGGAGCAGAGCUUCCGCCCCGUCACGGCAGCACCAACCCACGGCCCGAAUCACGGGGACUCCCAGUAACGGUUAGAAGUGAAUGAAUCUGCUGAAGACAACUGGUUCGUGUGAGCAGAGCUCCUCAGAGACGAAUUCAUAAACCAGAGUUGGCGUGAAACAUGGGAGCAUCUGCUUUAAACAUCCAGUUCCACCUGGAAGAGGCGAUUUUUCCACCAGGCUCAGGACUCAGAUGACCCUGUCCCCUUCUAUCUACGUGGACCCUUCCUUUGGAGCCUUCUUCUCUGACCACCCACCAUUGAGAAGCACCCUACAGGCAUGAGAGGACUUGAAAUUUUGAAUGUUAGCACCCAGCACAGGAGGGCAGCAAGGCAUGGGGCGCAGGCCUCUGUCGCUCCAUAUGGCACAGGAAGAUGCUUUUUGCAACGGGCACUGACAAGUUAGGGCAACACCAGGUAGGUUCAGCAUCAAGACA